AUGCGUGAGUGUAUAUCAGUACAUAUUGGUCAAGCCGGUGUCCAGAUCGGUAAUGCGUGUUGGGAGCUAUACUGCUUGGAACAUGGCAUUCAACCUGACGGACAAAUGCCAUCGGACAAGACGAUCGGCGGAGGAGACGAUAGUUUCAACACAUUUUUCAGCGAGACCGGAGCUGGGAAACACGUUCCAAGAGCUGUGUUUGUUGAUUUGGAGCCAACUGUUGUCGACGAAGUGCGUACCGGCACGUACAGACAACUGUUUCACCCCGAACAGCUGAUCACCGGCAAAGAGGACGCGGCCAACAACUACGCCCGUGGCCACUACACUAUCGGUAAGGAGAUCGUGGACAUCGUGCUGGACCGGAUCCGGAAACUGUCCGACCAAUGCACCGGGUUGCAGGGUUUCCUGGUAUUCCACUCGUUCGGUGGUGGAACCGGUUCCGGGUUCACGUCACUGCUCAUGGAACGGCUGAGCGUGGACUACGGGAAAAAGAGCAAGUUAGAGUUCUCCAUUUAUCCGGCACCACAGGUGUCCACGGCCGUUGUCGAGCCGUACAACUCCAUACUGACCACGCACACUACGCUCGAGCACUCAGACUGUUCGUUCAUGGUGGACAACGAGGCCAUCUACGACAUAUGCCGCCGGAACUUGGACAUUGAACGGCCCACGUACACCAACUUAAACCGAUUGAUUGGCCAGAUCGUGUCUUCCAUUACAGCGUCGCUAAGGUUUGAUGGCGCGUUGAACGUCGACCUGACAGAGUUUCAAACAAAUCUGGUGCCGUACCCGCGGAUCCACUUCCCGCUGGCUACAUACGCGCCGGUGAUAUCGGCCGAGAAGGCGUAUCACGAACAGAUGACCGUGGCCGAGAUCACCAACGCCUGUUUUGAGCCGGCAAACCAGAUGGUCAAGUGUGACCCGCGGCACGGCAAGUACAUGGCGUGUUGCAUGCUGUACAGGGGUGAUGUGGUGCCGAAGGACGUGAACGCGGCCAUCGCCACCAUCAAGACAAAGAGGACCAUACAGUUCGUGGACUGGUGCCCAACCGGGUUCAAGGUGGGUAUCAAUUACCAGCCACCGACAGUGGUGCCGGGUGGUGAUCUGGCCAAAGUUCAGAGGGCCGUGUGCAUGUUGUCCAAUACGACGGCCAUCGCCGAGGCCUGGGCGCGGCUCGACCACAAGUUCGACCUGAUGUACGCGAAGCGCGCGUUCGUCCACUGGUACGUGGGUGAAGGCAUGGAGGAAGGCGAGUUCAGCGAGGCCCGCGAGGACCUGGCCGCUCUGGAGAAGGACUACGAGGAAGUUGCUACCGAUUCGGCGGACGGUGACGGCGACGACGGAGACGAAUACUAA